ACGGUCCACAGAAAUAAUCUUUCUGGUUCCCUAUUUUCCUCACUGUUUUCGUUUUUCCUAGUUAUUUUCUUCCCCAACUUUCAAAUCUUUCUGUGUUCUCUGCUCUGCUAUGCUCUGUAAUGUUAUUGGCCAAUAAUACAUGUAUUUAUUAAUAUAUUUAUGACUCGGAAACCCUGUAUACUCCUCCUCCUAGCAACAAUAGUCAAAAAAUUCCUUAAAAUAAAAGAAAACUAGAAGAAAACAGAUCAUCACAUUAGUGAUUGUAUUAUAUAUACGCGCAGUUUGAUUUUUAUCGGCUUGUUAGUCGGUGUUUAAUCCGAUUGUUUCGCAACUACUCUCUUUAUUACGUUUAUUCAAAUUUCUCAAAUUCUUUCCCCCUUUGAUCACUUUCUUUCUCUCUAUCUGUCUCUCUUUCUUUCCCGUCCAUCUUUUUCUUUUAUUUUCUUGCCACCCAAUCACUCAUUUUCCCGGAAAAUCUCACUUUCUUAAAAUCCUAGAUUCCCAGGAAAACCCAUAUUUUAUUUUCUUGAAAUUCUUCUUCUUAUUGGUUGUUAUGAGUUGACUCGGCCGUGCAUGACUCGGCGAUUUUUAAUCGGAUUGCCGUCUUCAAACGGUAAGAUGCAGUCUUUAUUAUGGAAGAAGGAAAGGCCCAUCAAGACGACAGAAAAACUGGCCAAAACGACAACAAAGGGAGGGAGGGGAGAGAAGCAUAAGAAAACGAAGCGGGUAGGUGAGGUUGCCGGUGGGACAGCGGCAGAGUGUGCGGCGGUGUGUUGCUGCUGUCCCUGUGCGUUGAUGAACCUGUUGGUCUUGGCAAUUUUUAAGAUGCCGGCUUGCCUUUGUAAGAAAGCCAAGAAACGGCGCAGUUUAAGGAAGAAGAGAAAGCAAGCUUUGUUGGCUCCAAGUGGUAGCAAUGACUUGUGUAUAGAGAAAUUAGAAAGAGAAGUUAGAGCCGCUGUGGAGAAACAAAAGGGUAAUGGUGGCGAUGACGGUGAUGAUGAUCAUGAUGGAGAAAAUGAGGCCGUUGAUUUGGAAAAAGAGAUGUGGGACCGGUUUUAUGCAACUGGGUUUUGGAGAAGCCCUUCUCAGCGAAGCACAAAGUGAUGAUGGUAGUUUUGAUUAUAAUGCAUAAUGGAUGUAUGCCAUUUGAUUGUCCUUGUUGCUGUAAGAAGGGAGACAUGGGCUUGAAAGUACAGUUGCAGUGUGGGUGGGGACCAUCCUUAUUGGAUUGAUUUUGAUCAUAUCAUCUGAUAUGGAGGGUUCAAAAGAAGAUGAGUCUGACUAUAAAUAGAUCCAUGCAAAGACAAAUUUCAUGCAGAAAUGAGGAAUGGGACAAGCCUUUUCCCUAGUGAUUUCUGCUUUGGGUAAUGGAGUUUUAAAGGGAAUAUGAGCCAGUGGGUGAGAUUUCAAAUUCUAUUUGUAUUGAAUUUGGUUAUGUUGAUGCUUUCUUUUUUUUCAAGGGUCGGAUUAUUAGGGUUGAGGGUGAUUGUGCAUGUAUAGGAGGAGAAAUUUAUUUUAUUUGUUUCCAACAAUUGAUAGAGCUAAUUGCUUAAACCAAUGACUGUAUA